AUGACGCCGGCGGACGACUCCCCCCACGAGACGCGGCUCUCGCUGGAGACGGCGGCGCCCUCCGCGGAGGCGGGCGAGGGUGACCCCGACGCCGCUCCCUACGUCGGGCAGCGGUUCCCGACCCACGACGCGGCGUACGAGUUCUACAGCGGGUUCGCGCGGCGGUGCGGGUUCUCGAUCCGGCGGCACCGGACGGAGGGGAAGGACGGCGUGGGCAGCGGGCUGACCAGGCGGUACUUCGUGUGCCACCGCGCGGGGUCCGCGCCGGCGAAGCCGCUCGCCGGUGCGACCAGGCCGCAGCGGAACAGGAGCUCCUCGCGGUGCGGGUGCCAGGCGUAUAUGCGCAUAGGCAAGGGCGCGGACGCCGGAGGUCCGCUGCCGCAGUGGCGAGUCAUGGGGUUCUCCAACCACCACAACCACGCGCUCCUGGGGCAGGAUAAGGUGCGCUUCCUGCCGGCGUACCGCUUCAUCUCCGGCGCCGACAGGGACCGGAUCCUGAUGUUUGCCAAGUCCGGGAUCACUGUGCAGCAGAUGAUGAGGAUAAUGGAGCUGGAGAAGUGCAUCGAGCCAGGGAACCUGCCUUUCACGGAGAAGGAUGUGAGGAACCUCAUACAGUCCAGGAAGGUCGAGCAUGACGAGGACGAGAGCGUCGAUCUACUUAGGAUGUGCAAGAAUUUCAAAGAGAAGGAUCCCAAUUUCAAGUGUGAGUUCACCAAAGAUGCGAACAAUCAUGUGGAGAACAUUGCCUGGACGUAUGCGGAUUCGGUUCAGUCUUAUGAGUUAUUUGGUGAUGCUGUUGUGUUUGACACCACUCAUCGAUUAUCUGCACUCGACAUGGUGCUUGGGAUAUGGGUUGGUUUGAACAAUUAUGGAAGGUCUUUCUUCUUUGCUUGUGUGCUUCUAAGGGAGGAGAAUCAGAUAUCAUUUGCAUGGGCAUUGCAGGUGUUUCUCAACUUCAUGAACAGGAAAGCUCCUCUGACGAUACUCACAGAUCAAAAUGUAUGUCUCAAGGAAGCAAUUGAAAAGGAACUACCUAGCACAAAGCAUGUCCUCUGCAAAUGGCUAAUAGAAGCCAGGCUCCCAUCUUGGUUUGGUGCAAAUCUAGGAGAGCGAUACAAGGACUGGAAAAAUGAAUUUGAUAGGCUAUAUAACAUGGACAGCACAGUAGCAUUUGAUCUUGGGUGGAAUGACAUGGUGAACUGCUAUGGACUUCAUGGAAAUGAGCAUAUUGCUAGUCUGUUUGCAUCAAGAAAUCUCUGGGCCUUGCCGUUUUUGAGAGGGCGUUUUACUGCAGGACUGAUUACUUCCCCAGCUGUUUCAAAGUCAACUAAUGCCUUCAUUCAGCGAUUCUUGAGUGCUCAAAGACACCUUGCAAACUUCAUUGAGCAGGUUUCAAUUAUUGUUACCUACAAAGACCAAGCUGGUGAACAAGAAAUGAUGCGGCAAAGUUUGCAGAGCAUAAGCCUGAAGACAGCAUCUCCAAUUGAAGGCCAUGCUGCUGCAGUUCUCAGCCCAUAUGCCUUCUCUAAGCUACAAGAUGAGCUUGUUGCGUCUGCUCAAUAUGCAUCCUUCCACCUGGAAGGGAGUAUUUUUCUUGUCCGUCACCAUACCAAGGAGGCGGGUGAUUGCAGUGUUACAUGGAACCAAAGGGAGGAGCUCAUUUCUUGCUGCUGCCAGAUGUUCGAGUCCUCAGGGAUCCUCUGCCGGCAUGCCCUUCGCGUGCUCACAGCACUGAAUUAUUUCCAGAUCCCAGACCUGUACCUUCCUGUCCGGUGGCGCAGGACUCAGCCACCACCGUCCAACAACUUGAAUGGAGCUCCUCAUCACCCUGAGGGCGUAGCAUCUGAGAGAGUGGGAGCAUUGCAAUCCAUGGUCUCAACGCUGGUGAGUGAAGCAACAAAAUCUCAUGAGCGGAUGGAUCUUGCAACGCAGGAGGUGUAUCUCCUACUGUCCAGGAUAAAGCAGCAACCAGUCUCGAUGCAUGUUUCAGGUGAAAGUGUUAGUAGGCUGCAAUAA